AUGGCGCAGGAUAUGCUGACGGAGCUCUACGCAUGGGAUUCGGAGAUCGAGGACGUCCCAACGCUUGCUGCUGAUGACACCAAGCGUGAUGAGGACAAGGCCCAAGACGCCUAUGAACAAAUUGUCCACGCGGCGACUGGAGCCGAUGCUAGCGACGUGGUGCUCAGUCUGGCGGCGCAACUUUUGCACAAACACUUCUUUCGCUUCCCGCGCGUUCAGGUGAAUGUCGUGGACGUGCUACUCAAACUCUGCGGACCCAAACGCUCGCAGGCUGUGCGUAUCCACACACUGCGCGCGCUACUGCAGAUCGUCAAGGCACCGUCUCCGCCCAGAUCCGCCAUCGCCAGCGCGCGCAAGUGGAUGCAACGCAUCGAUGAUUCCGUGCGACACAUGCUGGAGAGCGAAAAGUCAUCGGUCAUCCUUCGCCAGGUGACACCGCUGAGUCAAGCGCUUGAGGAGCGACUACAGCCCGAAUUCGAAUUGACCAAGAGUACUCACACUACUGCCCGCGACCUGGAUAGCAUCGUCCAGGGCUUGUCACCCUCAGAACGCAAUUGCAAGAAGCCGCGCGACGAGGAGGACGUGAUUGGAGGAGAGGACGGCUGUGCGCCACCCGAGCGUGAGCCGAAGAAAGCCAAACACGACGAUGGCGCCAAGGAAGGGAAGAUUGUGCAGCUGAAUCGCGACUUUAGUAAUGGCGGCACACCGCGUGGCAACGACGACUCUUCCCUGUGGAAGAAACCAUUAUCUAGUAGCCGCACCGUCGAGAGCGAAGGCAGACGACAGAAGGUCAGCGCCUUUUCUCCACGCAACUGUCCGCCUUGUCCCUACCUGUUUCUGGGCAGCGUUCCCCGUCACACGCCCAGUGCAGAGAUUGUGGAGUUUUUAUCGCCUGUGUGGCCGGAAAUUGACAUUAUGAGUGUACAGCUCAAGCAGCCCGACUACAACGCCACAGCCUACGCGUUUGUGAGUAUGCCCACAAUUGAGCACGCGCGUGAAGCCAUCCACUAUGUGCAUGCCAACAAAUUCCGAGGUCGCGCCUUCUUGAACGCCAACUUUGCACGUGGCCCCCCAGUGGACACAGUGCUGUUUGUAGAGCGAACUGGAGAAGAUGUGAACAUGGAAGACAAGGAUGCUGUGCGUCAGUUUGAUUUUAACAAGUGUGAUCCGGAAGUGUGGGAUGCCAUGUGCGAGCAACUGGAGCGCUUUGGACCAUUGUCGUUCGCCGAGAUGGGCUGUGUACGCUUCCGCAGUGUGGAACACGCCAAGGCGGUGAUUCGAAAGCAGCUUUUCACUGUGAAAGAAUACGAGAUCUUUCCUGUUUAUGAUACGAAGGAGCAAUUUACGAUUGAUUCGACACGCCGUGGAUCCAAUGUACAUAGUAAGCAAGGGUUUGCUCUCAAGUCUGGACGUCUCGUGGGAGGAGACGCAGAUUAUCGCAGCUGCAAGAACCACCACCACAGAGAAGGGGACGAAUCCGUGGACGGCUUUAAUGGACACCGUCCACAUGAUCAAGCGACGUCAUCAAAGUAUGGAGAGCGUCGCAGUUGUGGUCCUCCGCGGAGCGAUCGCGGAAGUGCCCGUGGACGAUCUCGUUCCCGGUCACCCAAACCUCACAACGGUGGUGCACAUUAUGAUGUAUCGAUGCCUGGACCUUCGAAGGAACGUCGUGCACCUCGCUCGCGUUCCAGGUCCCCUGUGACGUUGUCGAAGCAUGUUGCUCGUGAAGGUGGAUAUGGCACACUGUCAGACAAGGAGAAUUGCCGUGAGUACCGAAGUAAAGUUGGUCGUCGGUCGCCGUCUUUAAUGGAUGUUCGAAGUCGUGAGAGUCCUGUUCUUGUUGAAGAAUCACGUGGACGACCUCGUAGACGUGACGGUCCAUGGAUGGAGUCGCGUUCAGUUGAAGACUCUCGAGAGCGUCGUGAACUGCGAGGCGAGGGCCGAAUCCGCAGAAGCUUUCAUCGUGGAGGAUCUUCGUCUCUGUCCUCCUCGUCAAGACGUAGUCGCAAAGAUGAUGAGCGUUCAUGUGAUUACCGACGUCAAGGACCUAUUGAAGAUGGCCGACAAUCCUACCGACGUGAUGAAAUGAUGCAGGAUGAACGAAGUAGGAUGCCACCUGCUCCACCUGGUGGUGUACUGCAGGUGCCACGCAGAAGUAGUCGUAGCGCACCGCGAUUUGGAAAGUAUGUGGGAUCGUCCUCAAAAAGUCGACCUCGAUCUCGUUCGCGAUCGCCUUAUGAUGAUGUGGGAUUGAGAAGCAGUGCGGACCAACGCUCUGGUGGCUAUCGUGGGCGUGAGGAUCGUUUGCAGGUCUCUGAUGAACGUCCCUCGUUCCAGUCGGAGCGUCCGCGCUAUGCCGAUGACCGUUCCAUUGCCGAAGUUGCUCGUGACGAGCAGCAGGAACGCCAACGCUUUUUUCAGCAGCAGAGCCAGGGUCGUCGUGACUGCCAUGAUGGUGAUAUAAGUCGCUACGGGUCGGGUCGUGGGGGUGGACGUGGUGGAGGUCGCGGUCGUGGUGAUAGAUACCCCACGCAGCAGCCUUACAGAAGUGGAAAAGGUGGCGGAAUGUAUCGCCAGGAUCUGGACCGCUCUCGUUCCCCGCUCCCGGAGCGUCGCCGCUCACCUUCUCCGCAGCAGCAUCGCGAAUCUUACCGUGGACGUCGUGAAGAAUUUGCGCUGCGUAGCGGAGAGGCUGGAUACCGCUAUUCACCCCCGCCAUUGCCGAUGCUCGAGAAUUCUUUUGAAGUUGGACCUGUGAAUCGCCACGAGCUUGAACCAGGGACUGGUGAUCGUGAAUCUAGUCGUCAUGAGCGACACCACCACUCGCACCGUGACCAAAGUCGAGAUGACAAAGGCCACAGCAGUCACCGUGAUUACCACGAAAAGCGUUCUUCUCGCCCUGAGCGAUCGGUGACUCCGUCGCCAGUUCGUCGUAAAGACGCGUCGGGUUCUAGUGGGAGGAACUCAAAUGGACAGUCACCGCGUCGGUCUUUUAGUCGCCGUAAUGAAGCCGACAACCAAGCAGAUGAAGCUUCUGAGAAAGAGAAACAACCUCGAUUUAAGAACGAGGAUGAGUCGGAGCUCCAGCAGAAGGAGGUGAAGAAUGGAGGUGCCCGCACGGCGCGUGAUGAGCUGUUCGCGGGCAUGGAUGAUUUGACCGUGGACUAUGAAGAAGACGACGAGUAAGACCUGCAUUUGUGAGAUGACCACUGCCCCGAGGCAGGCAUGACAGGAAAAAGUUGUGCCGUCGCUGGUUGGACAUUUAUGCAUUGAGUUGUUUGGUCAUGACUCGUAUCUAAAUUUGUGAGGAAGUGGCUGCAGUAUGAAAUUAGCACGAGACAAGCGCGUGCUUUUGAGAUAC